AUGAACCACACGCCAGCACCGGUACAUGCAGAAGAGCCAACAGAAGCUGAAGAAGAAAUCCAUGUGAUCACGGAAGCCGUGAGAAUUGGAGGUCUGGUCAUGAUGUCCAUAUGCAUAAGCCUUGCUGUUGGGUUUGCAGCCUGGGUGGUCUACCAUCGAGGUGCACCCACUGUGAAAAUGAUGCAGCCCCAAUUCUUGCUCAUGCUGUGUUUUGGAACGGUUCUGUCAUCUUUCACCAUCUAUUGCAUGGGAGCCAACGACCAAAAUUCUGUGAAUAUCAAUGCAACCUGUCUGGCAUGGCCUUGGCUGGGAUACACGGGAAGUACCAUCACUCUAUCAGCCCUGUUUUCCAAAUUAAUGAGGGUCAAUGAAAUAUUUCACGCACAUGGCUUUCAAAGAAAAGUUGUCACUGCAAGAGAUGUAUUGCUACCCUUUGUCACUCUCUUUGUCAUCAACUUGACAUUGCUAAUAUGCAUGUCAGUGCUGGACCCAUUGAAAUGGAAUAGAGUGCCUCUCAAUGAAGACGAACCUUACAGUACCAUUGGCUUUUGUGCUUUUGAAACAUGGGUCGGGGAACUUCUGAAUGCACUCUUGAGACUGGUUGUAUUUGUGGCAUUAAUUAUUCUCUGCGUUCAAGCGUACAGGGCUCGAGAUAUCAAGAGUACAUUCAGUGAGGCAAGAGGUGUGGCAUUGGCCAUCUUUUGCUGGCUCCAAUCUGACUUGAUUGUCACUCCUACAGAUUGGGUGGUGGAUCCAACGGAUGUUGAUACACGCUACACGCUUCGGGUUAUGCAAGAAUUUGUAAACAACAUGGCCAUGCUACUAUUUGUCUUUGGGCCCUUGAUUGCUCAUCACAGACACAACGUCAAGCAUGGCGACAGCACUUCCAUGAGAAAUACUCGGAUAUCAGGUCUGGACAUGGAGACAUGUACUGGUACCACAGCAGUAUUUGGGACAAGGACCUCUGCAGCUACAUCCCGUCCGUCGGGACAUCGUAGAGAGUCCGGGUUUGACGGUGAACAUCAUGAGGCAACCUUCAUUGGCAGCCAAAUGCCGACUGAUCCUCAUCAAUAUUCACAACAACAUCCCAAUCUUCCAGAAAUGGUGUUGGAAGUACAAACUCUCCGGGCCCGUGUGGCAGAGCUGCAAUCCAUAAUUGCCACUGCAUCUGCGGAAGGAGGAGGAACUGGAAAGAAUGAAGCUCAACAAACAAUAAAGGAGAGGGAAUCAGAUCAAGUAUCAUAA